CUUAACUUCAUGUCUGGAUUGGAUUUGUCAUGUAACAAACUAACAGGUGAAAUACCUUUUGAACUAGGGAAGUUAAGUAGUGUUCGUGAACUGAACUUGUCUCACAAUCUCUUGAUUGGACCCAUCCCGAAGACCUUCUCAAACCUUACUCAAAUAGAAAGUUUGGACCUUUCUUACAACAAUUUGAGUGGAAACAUCCCAACAGAUCUAAUCAAUCUAAAUUUUUUGGCAGUGUUCAUUGUGGCUCACAACAAUUUAUCAGGUAAAAUAUUAGACAGAAAGGCACAGUUUGGGACCUUUGAAGCGAGCAGUUAUGAGGGAAAUCCAUUUCUUUGUGGACCACCAUUGGAGAACAAUUGCACAGCCAUUGUUGACUUGCCAUACUCGCCAACAACAACAUCCUUAGAUGAAACUAAGGGGAAAUGGUAUGAUAUCAAUCAAGUGGCUUUUUUUGCAAGUUUUGUCGGAACAUACAUUACUUUCUUGUUUGGAUUUGCUGCUGUUCUAUACAUCAACCCGUACUGGCGACAAAGGUGGUUCUAUCUGAUUGAAGAGGGUAUGUGGUCAAGUUAUUAUUUUGUUUGUAAUACUGUUUACAAGCUUUUACGUUUUCAGCCUUCUGUAUAAUUAGCUAUGCAUGGUUUGUUUUCAUG